AUGCAGAAACCUCUACUCAGCCUUCCCCCAGAGCUACGAAACCACAUUUACGAGAUCGUCGCUGCGAACACCGAAAGACUCACUGUUCGCCAUGGUUCGGUCAGACCACAUCCUUUCAGUCAAGUCUGCCACCAGGUCCAGGACAAAUUUGGAUCAAUUUUUCCGAAGACGAUACUGGUCCAGCUUGAGGACUUCAACUUCGUCUCUGCCGUUCAGGCCAUCGAUCGCUGCAUCCAUGAUAUGGAAACCAUCUUCGAGAUCGAAGUCCGCGUCACCAAACAGCUCUAUCGAAGCGAGUGGGAGAAAGUGUGGCCUUGGACACGAUUUUGUGACGAGCUCUGUUUUGGCUACACUGUCCAUGUACCACUGGGAACCUGCAACGCUCAUGUCGCACGCCAUGAGCUGUAUAUCGAAUCGGCGCCGUACAUUCUCCAUGGCAAUUCCGGUGGCACGCAAACAUCGGCAGGGUACAGGCAGAAUGAGAAGAUUAGAGCAGCACUGCAUGAUGAACUUCUCGUGUAG